GGCCGUUUCGCUUCGAAGAUUGUUUGAGAAUCUUUGGGCGGCGGGCGUCUCUGAGAAAAAUUAGAAUCUGGAAACUGUUCUUCAGGAAGAAACCCAUUAGUUUGGAACUGGAGAAUUCCUUUGCAUCAGAUACUAAAAUGAAAGAACCACUGUUAGGUGGUGAGUGUGACAAGGCAGUGGCAUCACAGCUGGGGCUGCUAGAUGAAAUUAAGACAGAACCCGACAAUGCUCAAGAGUAUUGUCAUAGGCAACAGUCCAGAACUCAGGAGAAUGAACUGAAAAUAAACGCUGUGUUUUCAGAGAGUGCUUCACAGUUGACUGCAGGCAUUCAGCUUUCUCUGGCAUCAUCUGGCAUGAGUAAAAUGCUUCCUUCAGUUUCAACCACAGCUAUUCAGGUUUCCUGUGCUGGUUGUAAAAAAAUUCUCCAGAAGGGGCAAACUGCUUAUCAGAGGAAAGGAUCUGCUCAACUUUUCUGCUCCAUACCAUGCAUCACUGAAUACAUUUCAUCUGCCAGUUCACCAGUUCCUUCUAAGAGAACUUGUUCAAACUGCUCAAAAAUCAUAAAACUGGAAGGGACCUUAGAGACUCACUACACAUCUUCAGCAGAUGUCCCAGACAGAUUGAAAAAGGCUGAAGCAGGAAAGAUUUAGUGUAGACAUUUUAAGUCCAAAGGAUGUGAUCAGUGUCCAGCUGGAAGACACUACCUCUUGCAAAACUUUUUGCAGCCUAUCUUGUCUUUCAUCAUAUGAAGAAAAAAGAAAACCAUUUGUUACCAUAUGUACUAAUAGCAUUUUGACCAAGUGCAGCAUGUGCCAGAAGACUGCUAUUAUUCAGUACGAAGUAAAAUACCAGAAUGUGAAACAUAAUCUUUGCAGUAAUGCCUGCCUUUCAAAGUUUCACUCUGCUAACAACUUCAUCAUGAACUGCUGUGAGAACUGUGGCACUUACUGUUACACCAGCUCUAGUCUGUCUCACAUACUUCAGAUGGAAGGACAGUCUCAUUACUUUAAUAGUUCAAAGAGUAUUACAGCAUAUAAGCAGAAACCUGCCAAACCACUUAUAUCUGUUCCUUGCAAACCAUUGAAGCCCUCAGAUGAAAUGAUUGAGACUACCAGUGAUUUGGGGAAGACAGAGCUUUUCUGCUCUAUUAAUUGUUUCUCUGCAUACAGCAAAGCUAAGAUGGAAUCUUCUUCAGUAAAUGUUGUUUCUGUGGUGCAUGAUACUUCAACAGAGCUUUCUCCAAAGAAAGAUACGACUCCAGUUAUAAGCAAUAUAGUGUCAUUGGCAGACACUGAUGUUGCCUUGCCCAUCAUGAACACUGAUGUCUUACAAGAUACAGUUUCCUCAGUAACAGCAACAGCAGAUGUCAUUGUGGAUCUUUCUAAGAGUUCACCUAGUGAACCCAGUAGUGCUGUUGCUAGUAGUAGUAUGGAACAGCCAAGCGUUUCACCAUCUUCAUCAGUAUUCAGUCAGCAUGCAAUUGGUUCCAGUAUAGAAGUACAAAAAGACAAUAUGAAAUCUAUGAAAAUAAGUGAUGAACUAUGUCACCCAAAAUGUACAUCCAAAGUACAAAAAGUUAAAGGUAAAUCACGAAGUAUUAAAAAAUCUUGUUGUGCAGAUUUUGAGUGUUUGGAAAACAGUAAAAAAGAUGUGGCAUUCUGUUAUUCAUGCCAGUUGUUCUGCCAAAAAUAUUUUAGCUGUGGAAGAGAGUCAUUUGCAACCCAUGGAACUUCUAAUUGGAAAAAAACCCUGGAAAAAUUCAGAAAGCAUGAAAAAAGUGAAAUGCAUUUGAAGUCAUUGGAAUUUUGGAGAGAAUACCAAUUUUGUGAUGGAGCUGUCAGUGACGAUUUAUCUAUUCAUUCGAAACAGAUCGAGGGAAAUAAAAAGUACCUAAAGCUUAUAAUUGAAAAUAUUUUAUUUCUUGGAAAGCAGUGUUUACCCUUAAGAGGAAACGACCAGUCAGUUUCAUCUGUGAAUAAAGGCAAUUUUUUAGAAUUGUUAGAAAUGAGAGCAAAAGAUAAAGGAGAAGAAACAUUUCGACUUAUGAAUUCACAAGUUGACUUCUAUAAUAGUACACAAAUUCAAAGUGAUAUUAUUGAAAUAAUAAAGACUGAAAUGUUGCAGGAUAUUGUGAAUGAGAUCAAUGACUCCUCAGCGUUUUCAAUCAUAUGUGAUGAGACAACCAAUAGUGCCAUGAAAGAACAGCUUUCAAUUUGUGUAAGAUACCCACAAAAAUCAUCAAAGGCUAUCUUAAUUAAGGAAAGAUUCUUGGGUUUUGUUGAUACUGAGGAGAUGACUGGGACCUACUUACAUAGGACUAUCAAAACUUAUCUGCAGCAAAUUGGAGUUGAUAUGGAUAAAAUACAUGGCCAGGCCUAUGAUAGCACCACUAAUUUGAGGAUAAAAUUUAAUAAAAUAGCAGCAGAAUUCAAGAAAGAAGAACCAAGAGCUUUAUACAUACAUUGUUAUGCACACUUUUUGGAUUUAUCAAUAAUUAGGUUUUGUAAAGAAGUAAAGGAACUCCGAAGUGCUCUAAAAACGCUCAGUUCUUUGUUCAACACUAUUUGUAUGUCUGGGGAAAUGUUGGCAAAUUUUCGAAACAUUUGUAGGCUAAGUCAAAACAAAACAUGCAAGAAACAUAUAUCACAAUCAUGUUGGACAGUCCAUGAUCGUACAUUACUGUCUGUGAUUGACAGUCUUCCAGAGAUUAUUGAAACAUUGGAAGUUAUAGCAAGCCAUUCUUCAAAUACAAGUUUCGCUGAUGAAUUGAGUCAUUUGCUGACAUUGGUUUCCAAAUUUGAAUUUGUCUUUUGUUUGAAAUUCCUGUAUAGAGUGCUGAGUGUUACAGGAAUUCUUUCCAAAGAGCUUCAAAAUAAAACCAUAGACAUUUUUUCUUUGUCUUCAAAAAUAGAAGCAAUUUUGGAAUGUUUAUCAUCUGAAAGAAAUGACAUAUACUUUAAAACAAUCUGGGAUGGAACAGAGGAAAUAUGUCAAAAAAUAACCUGUAAAGGUUUUAAAGUUGAAAAACCUUCUCUUCAGAAAAGAAGAAAAAUUCAGAAAUCAGUAGAUCUUGGCAAUUCAGAUAAUAUGUUUUUUCCUACUUCAACAGAAGAACAAUAUAAAAUUAAUAUCUAUUACCAAGGAUUAGAUACUAUAUUACAAAAUUUAAAGUUAUGUUUUUCAGAGUUUGAUUAUUGCAAAAUAAAGCAAAUUUCAGAACUGUUAUUUAAAUGGAAUGAACCAUUAAAUGAAACAACAGCAAAACAUGUUCAGGAAUUUUAUAAACUUGAUGAGGACAUUAUCCCAGAACUUAGAUUUUAUCGACAUUAUGCAAAGCUUAACUUUGUCCUAGAUGAUAACUGCAUAAACUUCGUCAGUCUCGGCUGUUUGUUUAUUCAGCAUGGUCUUCACAGUAAUAUUCCUUGUCUCUCAAAGCUAUUAUAUAUUGCUUUGUCUUGGCCAAUUACUUCAGCAAGUACUGAGAACUCAUUUUCUACCCUGCCUCGUCUUAAGACAUAUUUAUGUAAUACCAUGGGACAAGAGAAGCUUGCUGGCCCAGCCCUAAUGGCUGUUGAGCAGGAAUUGGUAAAUAAACUAAUGGAGCCUGAAAGACUCAAUGACAUUGUGGAAAAGUUUAUCAGUCAGAUGAAAGAAAUAUAAUACUUGCUCAUUUGAACUUACCUGAAAGACUUGUAUUUCCAUUGGGAUGUUUUUAUUUCAAAAUUGUUCAAAAUUCAAAAGACACAGAAUGAUAUACAGUGAAGUCUCCUUCCCUCCUUUAGAACUCAUUUUCUCUUCCCAAAAAGUGUUAUCUUUUCCUUAAAUAUCCCUCUAAAGAUAUUUUUCCUAAGUGUUAUUGUACGGUGUAUACUGUUCUUCAGAUUGUCUUAUCUGUGUAACAUAUUGUUGAGAUUGUCCCAUGUCGUUACAUGAAGAGUUUCUUGAUUCUUGGUCUAUAACUGCACAUGUUAUUGUAUGAAUGUACCAUAAUAUAUUUGAGCAAUCCCUGCUGACAUUUUUUUCUAACCUUUUGCUAUUAUAAAUAAUGAUUCAUUUUAUAACCUUUUAUAUAGGUCACAUUGCACAUGAGUGAGUUACUGUAAGCUGGAAAUCUAAAGUUAGAAUUACUAGGUUAAGAUAUGUGCAUUUUUACUUUUGAUAGAUAUUGGCAAGUUGCCAUCUAUAAGGAUUGUGCCAAUUUACAGUCCCACCCACAGUGCAUGAGAGUGCCUAUUAAAUCUUUGUAAGUUUUAUCAAA